AUGUUGUUCCAGCCACUCGUGAUGCAGCUGAGUCCAUUGCUUCGGAUUAUAAUUGGACAAUAUUUCGCUUCCUUUUCGUCUAUUCUGAUCGUUCACAACAAUACCAGGACCACAACUCUCCUUCAACUGGAGUACCUGAGAUCUCUGGAGCUUGUGCUUAAGGGCUUCGGUCAAUCCAUACUCCUGCAAUGGAUCAAUGUCGGACAAUUGAGUGACUUGGCGGAACUUGAGUGGCAGGUCAUGAGUGCCGUCAACAGCAGCACCAUAGAGGGAUUCAUCACAAUCCUGCCGCAGACGAAUCUUUUUCUCCAUGCCCGAUACUAUGCCACACGCAAUGCCAAUGUGCGCCUCAAGGACAAGCGAUAUCUGUUCUUGUGCGAGGAUGAACAUCCCCAGGAGUUGUUGGCCAUGGACAUUCUGCAGUUCUACCCACACCAUCUGAUGGUGCGACCAGGAACAAGAGCCGUAACAGGACCAGAAAGAGGACCAGCAACAGUACCAGUACCAGCCCACAGGCAUAAAGAGGGCACAUCGGUAAACACGGAAAGCACGAGGGAUGGGAAUGGAGGAGCCGGAGCCACUUUGCCGUACCGCGACAUCAAUUUCGAGCUGUGGACACAAAAGUUUGUCGGAGCCUUUGGUAAUUUGGAUGCCGUGCGCCUGGGCGCAUUCUUGCCGAACGAAACUUUUGCCGGGAACAGCCGGGUCGAACUUUAUCCCAACAAGCUACUCGAUCUGCAGCAGCGCACCCUGCGCUUGGGCUCCAUUACUUAUGUCCCAUAUACAAUUACUAAUUAUGUGCCAGCUGGCGAGGGCAAUGAAGAUCCCAUUCACCCGCAUGGGGCUAACCGUUCGAUUGCGUACUACGGUGCCGAGGCCAAUGUGAUGAAGACCUUCUGUCAGGUGCAUCAUUGUCAUUUGCGUGUGGAGGCGUAUGGGGCCGACAACUGGGGCAGCAUCUAUGAGAAUGAGUCGAGCGACGGCAUGCUGGGGGACAUUUACGAACAGCGCGUGGAGCUGGCCAUUGGCUGCAUCUACAACUGGUACGACGGCAUCACGGAGACCUCGUAUCACAUUGCCCGCUCCUCGGUGACAAUUCUGGGACCAGCACCGGCACCCUUACCCAGUUGGCGCACCAAUAUUCUACCCUUCAAUGGCGCCACGUGGCUGCUGCUCAUCUCCACAAUGGUGAUAUGCGGCGUCUUUCUAUAUGUGAUGAAGUUUGCAAGCUUUCGGCUGGGCUAUGGCAGAUAUGAGCCAGAAUUCCAUCAUGCGAAGAAGAUCGAGCAGUCCCUGCUGGACACCUUUGCUCUGUUCAUCCAGCAGCCAUCGGCUCCACUCAGCUUUGAUCGGUUUGCCACUCGCUUCUUUCUGGCUACGCUCUUGUGCGCCACCAUCACGCUGGAGAACAUCUACAGCGGACAGCUCAAGUCGCUGCUGACAGUCCCCUUCUACAGUGCUCCCGUAGACACCAUCGAGAAGUGGGCACAAGCUGGCUGGAAAUGGGCAGCACCCUCCAUUGUCUGGGUCCAUACCGUGGAGAGCUCCGAUCUGGGCAUCGAGCAGAUAUUGGCCAGGAACUUUGAGGUGCGCGACCACAGCUUCUUGUCCAAUGCCAGCUUCAGCCCCAAUUAUGGACUGGGGAUCGAGCGUCUGGUCUCGGGGUCUCUUUCGGUUGGAAAUUAUGUGCCCGCGGAAGCAUUGGAGAACCGCAUUGUUCUGCACGAUGAUCUGUACUUUGAUUGGACCCGGGCUGUGUCUAUACGUGGCUGGACUUUGAUGCCGGAGCUGGACAGGCAUAUUCUCACCUGCCAGGAGACGGGUCUCUAUGUUCACUGGGAGCUGGAGUUUGUGGUCAAGUAUAUGGACAAGAAGGUACAGGAAAUUCUGCUGGAUAUGGUCAACGGGCCCAAGGCCAAGGGUGCACCAAAGCCGCUGAAUGUCAGCAACAUCUCUGGGGCUCUAUUUGUCCUGGCCUUUGGCUACACCUUCGCUUUCAGUGCCCUCUUGGUGGAGACUGCCAUCUGUGGGCUACAGAAAAUCAAAUAAUUUGCCCAUUUUCGUGCAUCGUUCCUGCAAUUCAGUUUAGUUCCCCGCCGCCCCUUUCAUCCUGGACGACGACGACCAUGAGCACGUGUCACAGCAAACAUCA